GUUCUGACUCCAUUCGCCGAACCACAAACUGCUCCGGCUCUCACACGUACCUUACUGUAAAUGCUUCGAUGCUGUAGCCGUCACGACGGAUGCAACAGAUGUGCCUCUGGGACUUCAUCAGCACUCAUACCGUCGAUAUAGUUCUUCUCGCGGGGACGGCGGACUUGCUGGUGAUUGAGUCGCUUGUUAGCUAAGACCUCGUCGUGUUCCCUACAGACACUCCUACAACGAUGGCGACGACCAAUGGCGCGUCGUCUGAGCGCACUUCUGCCAUUAAAGUCCCCAUUCUGGGCAAGGACACAAUAAUUGUAGACUAUGGCUUGUGGCAGCACUACGUUAUCCCAGACUUGCUCGCAAACCUGCCAUCCAGUACUUACGUACUCGUAUGCGACACGAACCUUGCGGCAUUGCCUUACGUUGCUUCGUUCAGGACUGGCUUCGAGGUUGAACGUGAGAGCCGUGGUAUAACAUCGGAUGCCGUACGGUUACUGAUCUACGACCACAUACGCCCUGGUGAGACAAGCAAAUCUCGAAGAACGAAGGCUGAGGUCGAGGACUGGUUGCUCAAGCAGGGAUGUACACGAGAUACGGUCAUCUUAGCGCUGGGUGGUGGGGUGAUUGGUGACAUGGUAGGCUUCGUAGCUGCGACUUAUAUGCGAGGCGUGCGUUUCUGCCAGAUACCGACCUCGUUGCUUGCCAUGGUGGACAGCUCGAUCGGUGGCAAAACGGCAAUCGACACACCGCUUGGGAAGAACUUGAUCGGAGCAUUUUGGCAACCGGAAAGAGUAUACAUUGACCUGGAGUUUCUGGAGACGCUGGACAAGCGGCAGGUCUGUAAUGGGAUGGCGGAGGUGGUGAAGACAGCAGCCAUUUGGGAUCUCGAAGAGUUUGAGAGGCUAGAGGCUGGUGCAGAUGCUAUCAUGGCGGCGCUUGACAGACCUACAGGUAAAGGUAGGUUCGACGGAGUAAAAGAGGUGUUCAAGCGGAUCGUGCUGGGCAGUGCAAGGGUCAAAGCGGAGGUGGUCAGCUCGGAUGAACGAGAAGGAGGCUUGAGGAACAUCUUAAACUUCGGCCAUUCGAUCGGACAUGCAUACGAAGCUAUCCUUACGCCGGAGAUCUUGCAUGGAGAGUGCGUGGCAGUUGGCAUGGUGAAGGAGGCGGAGCUCGCUCGGUACAUGGGCAUACUGCCUGCUGGCGCCGUGGCGAGGCUGACCAAGGCCAUUGCGUCCUACGGUCUUCCCACGAGUCUACACGACAAGCUCAUCACUAAGCGCACGAGCAAGCAAUGUCCGGCCGACGAAGUACUGAAACGCAUGGCAGUGGACAAAAAGAACACCGGAAGUCAGAAGAAGGUCACUUUGCUUAGUUCGAUAGGCAAAUGCUACGAGCCUCGCGCAAGCAAAGUCACAGACAAGGACGUUGGCGUCGUCAUCUCGCCUUCCGUCAGAGUGCGACCUGGCGUCACAAAAGGUCUUCAUGUGAAGUGUAAGCCGCCUGGCAGUAAGAGCAUCUCAAACCGCGUCCUUCUACUUGCAGCUCUGGGCGAAGGCGAAUGCCGCAUCUCGAAUCUUUUGCACAGUGAUGACACGCAAUACAUGCUGUCUGCUAUUGGAAGACUCGGUGGCGCAAAGUACGCAUGGGAGGACGACGGCAAGACACUCGUUGUAACUGGAAACGGCGGUGCGUUGAAAGCAAGCCAAGAGGAGAUCUACAUCGGAAACGCAGGUACAGCGUCUCGUUUCCUUACCACGGCAGUGUCAUUGGCAGCACCGACUGCGCAGGCCUCGCACACCGUAUUGACGGGGAAUGCACGCAUGCAAGAGCGACCGCAAGGCCCUCUCGUGGACGCUCUACGCAGCAAUGGCGUGGAUGUCGAGUACCUCGGCAAAGAAGGCUCGCAGUCUUUGCCUCUGCGGAUUGCUGCAGCCGGUGGGUUUGAAGGAGGCGCGAUCGAACUUACGGCGAAGGUUUCGUCACAGUACGUGUCGAGCAUCCUGAUGUGCGCGCCUUAUGCCAAGAAGCCAGUCACGCUGCGACUGGUUGGCGAUAAGGUCAUCAGUCAGCCCUACAUCGAUAUGACUGUCGCGAUGAUGGCAACUUUUGGCAUUUCCGUGACUAGAAGCGUCUCCGAGCCUAAUGUGUACCACGUGCCGAAGGGCAAGUACCACAACCCCGCGACCUACGAGGUCGAGAGCGACGCGAGUUCCGCCACCUAUCCACUAGCAGUGGCGGCCAUCACCGGAACAACGUGCACUGUACCGAACAUCGGGUCUGCUUCUUUACAAGGUGAUGCGCGAUUCGCUACAGAUGUGCUUAGGCCUAUGGGCUGCACAGUGGAGCAGAGGGAGCACAGCACAAUCGUUACCGGUCCGUCACCGGAGCAGGGCCUGAGAGCACUGGACGUGAUUGACAUGGAGCCUAUGACAGAUGCCUUCCUGACUGCGAGUGUACUUGCGGCUGUGGCUGCUCGUUCAAACAACCAUGGCAACAGAACGACAAGGAUCGUUGGCAUUGCAAACCAGCGGCAGAAGGAGUGUAAUCGUAUUCGAGCCAUGAGGGUGGAACUAGCCAAAUUUGGUGUCACUUGCCGGGAGCUUGAUGACGGAAUCGAAAUCGAUGGUGUCGGUGUCGACGGGCUCAAGCGGCCGCACAACGCUGUGCAGUGCUAUGACGACCAUAGAGUUGCCAUGAGCUUCAGCGUACUGUCUGUGGUAGCACCUGAGGGAGUUGUCUUGGACGAGCGGGAAUGCGUGGGCAAGACCUGGCCUGGUUGGUGGGAUACUCUCCGCCUCACCUUCGGCGUGGAUCUAGGCGGCGAAGAUCCUACAUCGCGCAGUAAUGAUGCUAUUGCAAACGGCAGCGUUACCAAUGGCGUUAAUGGUGCGCACAAGUCGAAAGAAGUGCGCAAGAGCAUAUUCAUUAUCGGCAUGAGGGGAGCUGGGAAGACUACCACGGGCGGUUGGGCAAGCCGCAUCCUUGGCUGGCCGCUGAUUGAUUUAGACACCGAGCUUGAGCGGACUGUGGGAAUGAGCAUUCCGGAAAUGCUUAAGGACAAAGAUUGGGAUGGCUUUCGUCGCAAAGAGCUUGAUCUCCUCAAGACCAUCAUGCGAGAGAAGCCUGAAGGUCACGUUUUUGCCACCGGUGGAGGUGUGGUUGAGACGCCUGAAGCACGGCAACUGCUUACCGAAUGGCAGAAGGAGGGCAUGGUGCUGUUGGUGACGCGCGACAUCGACGCUGUGAUGGAUUUCCUACAGAUUGACAAGACUCGGCCAGCUUAUGUGGAAGACAUGAUGGGCGUCUAUCUUCGAAGGAAGCCUUGGUUCGAAGAGUGCAGCAAUCUGCACUAUCACUCGCAAAAGGUCGAUGAGAGUGCCGUAGUACCCGGAUGGACGAGUCCGUUAGACGACUUCACGCGCUUCUUGAACACAAUGACAGGCCGUAGUGCGGCACUAAAGAGCAUGAAGAGGAAGAAGCAUUCUUUCUUCGUGGCGCUUACCGUCCCAGAGAUACAGGAUGUAUUACCGGUGUUGGAAGAAGUGACUUGUGGAGUCGAUGCGGUGGAGCUCAGGGCGGACCUUCUGGUUGACCGGAGAAGCUCAGACGGCAUGCCAAGUGAGGAGUUCUUGAUCGAUCAGGUUGCACUUUUAAGGUCGAACACUACGCUGCCGCUCAUCUUCACACUGCGCAGCACAAGCCAAGGCGGCCGAUAUCCGAUUGAGGAGAAGACGGCCGAGGCGCUGAGGCUCUAUCGAGUCGCACUGCGGAUGGGCUUCGACUUUGUCGACCUCGAACUUACAGCGCCUGAGCAGAUCAAGAAGUUCGUCCUUGCGCACCGGAAGAUGUGCAACAUCAUCGCGUCACAUCAUGAUCCUCGAGGUCAGCUGAGCUGGGCAGACGGCGCCGAGGACUGGAUUCCGCACUUUGAGCAAGCGAGGAGUUUCGGCGACAUUGUCAAGCUUGUCGGUGUCGCAAAGUCAAGCAAGGACAACGACGACCUCAAGGUGUUCAAAUCAAAGGUGAGAAACGACGAUUCGGAUCUACCCUUCAUCGCCAUGAACAUGGGCGAGAUUGGGAAGAUGAGCAGAGUAACGAACGGCUUCAUGACACCUGUCUCGCAUCCAGCGCUGCCCACCAAGGCCGCGCCGGAACAGCUCAGCGCUACAGAGAUACGCCAGGUCCUUGGCAUUGUUGGAGCGAUAUCCAAGACGCAGUUCUUCCUAUUUGGCAAGCCUAUCAGCCAGAGCAGGAGUCCGGCAUUGCACAACACGUUAUUCGCCGCAACAGGAUUGCCGCAUGAGUAUCGGCUACACGAGACAGACCGGGUCAAGGACAUCGAGAGCGUCAUAAGAAGCGCAGAUUUCGGCGGUGGCAGCGUCACGAUACCACUGAAGCUCGACGUUAUGCCAUUGCUUGACCAUGUAGACGACGCUGCAAGAACGAUUGGCGCUGUCAACACUAUUGUGCCAACCGAAACUGCGGACGGCAGCAUGGCCCUGGUGGGCUACAAUACGGACUGGCAAGGCAUGGUCAUCUCGCUCCGAAAAGCCGGCGUCAAGGGUAAUGCAUCACCUACUGCGCAACAGCAGGCUGGCAUGGUUGUUGGCGGUGGUGGCACGGCUCGGGCAGCCAUCUAUGCUCUCAAAGAGAUGGGUUUCGCGCCUCUUUACUUGGUUGGCCGCAACAAGAGCAAACUUGAGCAGAUGACAAGCAGCUUCGACGCUUCUUACGCGGUCCGCAUCUUGAGCACAGAAGAAGACGCGGCCGCGAUUCCAGCGGACAGGCAGCCCGUGGUCGCGAUCGGCACCAUUCCAGGUGACUCGCCGAUUGAUCCGGCAAUGCGCGAGAUUCUGUGCACGAUUUUCCAAGACGAUGCGAGUGCGGCCGCCACUGCCGGCCUCUCGGAUCCUAAUGGGCAAAAGGUGCUGCUAGAGAUGGCGUACAAGCCUUCGGUGACAAGUCUGAUGCAGUUAGCAAGCAACAGCGGAUGGAAGACUGUGCCGGGCUUGGAAGCGCUUGUAGGCCAGGGUGUAGAGCAGUUCCGACUAUGGACCGGUAUUGCCCCGGUCUACAGGGAGGCAAGGCAGGCUGUCUUGGGAGAGGCGAACUGAGGCUAACGUCGAGGCACCGUUCUCGAUGAAUGUCCGUUCCACGAAGAAUCUACUGUAUAGCACGAUCAACCAACAGCAAUCAAUGCAGCAGUCCUGCUCCGCCACACGCGUUGCGCUUCGACAUAUCGGCCCAACUGCUUUACCGGGCUUGCUACUGUACAGCAGACAGCAACCUAAACUAGUCCUGGAGGGCUUGUCUUCUCUAUACUUGGAGACGGCUCAGGAAAGCGACCCUUUCCGCUGCACUGAAAACCAAGACUGGGGUCCGGCUAGGCAUUCACAUUGUCGUCUAUCUAGCAAGCUGGCAUGCUCCAGUACGUCCUUCGCUCGACCUGAGUCCGCUCACGGUGUUUCGGCCAACCCAGCAACAUCGCUGGCAGUGUUCUGUCGCAACACGGGGGCUUACUUGCACAUUGUGGAGAAUUAUGUUGAAGCCUGGGUCUCGGA